AUGAUAAAUUAUGAGUUUCAUUUUGAUGGAAAGAUUGCAAGCUGGAAAGAUAUUGAGGCCCUUUAUGCAAAUGAUAGCAAGUUACCAAUCCGUUUAUAUCCCAAAUUAACAAAGAAGCACAUGCAUCCCAAUGGAUUUCAAAAGAUGAAGGUGAAAUAUGCCACUCAAGUGUUAAGCCACACAGUAUCUGCAGUAAUUUCAACAUAUGUCAGACUUGGUAAACUUCCAUCAGCUGCAUGUGGUAUGGCAGAGCUCUUGAUGAAACUUGAUCAAACUUUCGACUGCCUAAACAGCUCAUCCCUACACAGCCCAAAAGUCUUCAUAAGAGCAACAGCACCAACUUCACCACAUGAGGAGAAAUGUUUGACUUCAUCCCCACAAUUAAUGUUAUCAACAAAGAAAACAA